AUGUUACUUACAGCACAACGUCUUGUUGCUAUAUCCAAAUGGAAUGGAAGUUUUUCACUAACGAAUUAUCUCAUAGCUGCAACAGCGCUCAGCGUGAGUAAUGAGUACAAGGAAAUUCCGAAAGUGUAUCACCUAGCGAUGAUGAUGAGUGAGGAACCGAAUAAUGAUGAUGAAAGUUUAAAUCGUACCGUGAAUACAGUUUUAAGUAUGUACGAGAAAGAACUCCAAGAUACAAAUAGCUUAAUUUUUGAAAGGAAGCACCAUAUGCCGACUGGGGAAAGAAGCAAUAUCUUUGAAUCUAUGUAUGAAGUCCCUAGCGAACGGCAGAGAAAAUUAACCAAGCAAUUCCGUGAAGCGCUACUCAAGACAAUUCCUUUGGCUGGAAUACCUAAGGCCAUAAAUAGUUUGCUUCUUUUGUCCAGCGUUACGCCAGCUUCGUUGACCCCUUCUUACCAGAGUGUGCCAAGAAGUGGUACUACUCCACAAGAACUUUUUCCUGAUAUUGUACGCACCAUAAACUCUGAAAACCACGUAGAUCGUGGUAUGGCCCAUUGGAAUCAUCUCUACGGUAAGGUUUCUGGAAGGGUGAUUAAUAAAUUGAAUAGAGCGUAUCCGGAUCUUUGGUACAGUGUAAUGGCACAUGGAUAUGGGCCAGUGCUUUCAUUUUCGGAUAUUCUUGAUGCACGUGAGACAAGUCUAAUUAUCAUCGCUUCUCUAGUGCCCCAGGAUGUGAAUAUUCAGCUUUGGGGUCACCUAAAGGGUGCUCUUAAUUUGGGAUGUACGGAGGAAGACAUUGAAAAUGCUAGAUCUUUAAGUAUUGAAGUUGCUCGCUGGUGCGGAGUAAAAUGGAAAGGCGAUGUGGUGAAGUUAUAG